CUCAUCCUCUCACAGUGGAAGCACAUUGUUCAACGCGGGCGCCGCUCACCCACGAUCAAUGACCACAUCUGCGCCGCUCACUGCUUUUCCACAGUGGAAAACACGUCUGGGAUUCAAUAUCUGAAGAUAGUGUUUACCCCCCGUUCUCUCCUUCUUCCCUCCGCUACAGACGAUACGUCGCUCUUGUCGCCAAAUAGAACCCCGCUUGUUCUGAAACCGACAUGACGGAGUACAAACUGGUGGUGGUGGGAGCUGGAGGUGUCGGCAAGAGUGCACUCACCAUCCAACUCAUCCAGAACCACUUUGUGGAUGAGUACGACCCCACUAUAGAGGACUCCUACAGGAAGCAGGUAGUGAUCGACGGGGAGACCUGCCUACUUGACAUCCUGGACACUGCAGGUCAGGAGGAGUACAGCGCCAUGAGGGACCAGUACAUGCGGACGGGGGAGGGCUUCCUCUGCGUGUUCGCCAUCAACAACACCAAGUCAUUUGAGGACAUUCACCAGUACAGAGAACAAAUCAAGCGAGUAAAGGACUCGGACGAUGUUCCCAUGGUCCUGGUGGGGAACAAAUGUGACCUGCCUGCACGAACUGUGGACACCAAGCAAGCCCAAGAACUGGCCCGCUCGUACGGCAUCCCGUACAUCGAGACGUCGGCCAAGACGAGACAGGGAGUGGAGGACGCCUUCUACACGCUGGUGAGAGAAAUCAGACAGCAUAAACUGAGGAAGCUGAACCCACCUGAUGAGAGCGGUCAGGACUGUAUGAGCUGUCGCUGCGUGGUGUCGUGAUGCAGCCGCAGCUGUCUGUCGCACGUUGAAGAGAAAUGCCUCAGCGUCUGGACACAGCAUGGACUUGAAGAUAGAAAUAUUAAACAACUCGGUGAUGAAAUAUAAACUUGUGAAAAAAAAAAAAAGUAUGAAGGGGCAAAUGGACCGCGCCAGAGCUGAUGGAGCCACAGAGCCUCUGCAGACUGUCGCCUUUGUGGCCAACGGAAGCCUGGCCCCACCACCCCCUAUUUCUUUGUUUGUCAUUUGGCUGACCCUUGAGCAACACCACUCCUGACACCUCCAGUGUGGUCUCACUGGGCAGCGUCGCAAGUCUCCUAACUUAUUGUUUCAAGUCUCAACACUGGUCUUAAAGAGAGAGCAAAGAGGGGUUUCCUUCAGGCCCCCUAUUCUGGCUUGUGCUGGGCCUCACUGGCAGAGACACCCUGGAAGUGACACCGAACUUUGGGACUGAGGCUGACACCGGGAUGGUUUGCUGUUGGCAGUUAGCUUAUUGGAUUCAGAGCUCAUUUUGUGAUUUGAACGCACUAUAGCAGCAGCAGCAGGGCGCUUCACCUGCUGGUUAUUGUUGAGGUCAGCGAUGCAGAUGCCUUCUCACCUCACAGAUGUUUUCUUCGCUAACAGUUUGUCUCCGUGGAAUAAUAAUUGUAAUAAAAAUAAUAAUAAUAACAGAGUGAGUAGGUGCAAUAGGAUUCACAUUAAGUCUUUAAUAUAAAUCGACCUCAUGAGUUCUUCUCGUCUAAUUCUGUUUCAGGAUGGAGAGGUACAGAGCUUAUCUAUUUCGAUAAUAUAAAGAGUCAUUCCUUGUGUUCUGUAGGUCUCAGGAAUCUGAUGUUUCAUGAUAAAGUCGCAGAAUUUCACACGAAUCCUGCCUCAUCAAAGUCAGUUAUUCCACACACUCGCCACUCUAUCCUCAACUGCAAGUAAACAGGUAUUUGCCGCGGGAUUAUAACGUGUCAUGUAUGAUGGGACGUCGGGGGUUGAUGGAUCAUGUCGCUUUGUUUUUCUGUGUUGACACGGUUUUACUGCCUAAAUAAGACAAAUGACUGAUGUGUUUACUUUUGCCUUAUUUGUUAGCUAGUUUGUACCUCAAGUGUGCGGCGGGUUCUUCCUGAGAAGUUGCGUUUCCUCUUAUUUUUACGUGCGGAGUUAUAGAGUUUAGACUGUACAGAGUUUAAAAUGCCCCCUCUUCCCCUACAAGAACACUACUCUGAUUUAAACAAAUGACAAAAAAAUGUGUUGACAUGUAUCUGAAUGUGUUUUAAAAUGCAAAAAGUUCAGUAAUUUAGUGAGCCCAAUAAAAGCCAUUUGCCUUAAGCUUGUUGAUCUUAAUCUGGUGCUUGCAGUUCGGGGUGACCCCCGGCAAGGAAUAGGAAUCUGGCAACUUCUGUUCUCACUUCUAUUGUGUUUGGCUCUUUAUUUUGCUGCCAAAGCUGCAGCUCAUGUGAGGGGUGGAUGUUCCGCGGUCAUCAAGUUGCCAUUGCUCAUCUGUGUUGGCUGGCUUGUCAAUAACUGGCCACUCUCCUAUAGGUAAGUGAACAUCCCACAUUUCAACUUGGCAAAAUGGUGCAUUUGAAAUAAAGCAUGGGGCUGUAAAACAUUGCCCGAUUGCCUCGUUUGGCAUGUGUGCUGCACGACUUCUGUGCCAAUACUGAUUUUGUUUAACUAAAACAAGCAAAUAACACAUACAAUUUGAACAAUUUCACUCAGCAAAUCGGGA